UUUCACCGAGAGGCAGCAGGUAGCCAAUCUCUUUCCCCACGCUAUCCGCAGGCCAAAGAGCAGGCCCUGGGCCUCGGAUACCUCCGAGCCUAAAUCAUUUUCGAACGUGGACGAUCGCCCUGAGCAUUCCGGUCACAUCCAUCGUUGCUGACAGUGGAAUGAAUACAGCAUUGCUGUGCAGUCCGGCUUCAGAAAAAGAGCCUAUUAUCAAAACCCACGCCUCCUUGGGGGACAACCCCCCCUCACAUCCCUCCCCUCCUCCCCGCCCCUGGCUCCUUCCUUCCCUCCCUUCCCUGUCAGCAUGGAUGACUGAACUGCAGUCUGGGUCACCGUGUGGGCAGGCAGGGCGGGUGGAGGACCAGUCUCCGGACGUUGAUUUAUCGCCGCGGUGGCCGUCGGCCGGGUCCUCGUCGUCGUAGGCUGCGGCCGGGCCCCGCCUGUGUGAAGCGUUCCCUCCCUGGAGGGCAGGGCUGGGGUUUCAUAUUUCUUUUCCCUUGGAAGCUCUUCCCCAAUCCCAGUCACAACUCCAGGGUCUGGCCGCUCGCCGGCCCCCGGCGGCCCAGAGAGCAGAGCCCAGGGAGUGAGGGCCAUCCGGCCCCGAGCUCGGGAAGCCCAGACAUGAGGACGUGGGUCUUCCUUCCCCUCUGCGGCAUCUUGGCCUUCCCCGGACUGUCGGAGGGCAGGAUCGUUAAGGAGGACGAGAAAGGGUUUGCUGAGUGUAACCGGUUCUUCUAUGAGGGGACCCCGCCUGAAGGAUGGACGGAGCCAUUCCAUGUGAAGAUCUGUCAGAGGUUCGGCCGAGGGGAGCGAUUCGCCACGCUCUACAGUACCCGCCACAAGAUCCCUGUUUACUCUGCUUUUCGCUACUCCAGACCUGGAGGCAGCAGGGAGGAGACCUGGAUGAUUGAACCGCAGCUAGACGAUCCGCACAGCGACCUGGAGGAAAUGACGCGGGAAGCCGAGGCAGCCGGCUCCGUCCCCAACCUCGGAAGCCAACAAGCCCUAAAUAAGGACUACCUGGAUUCCGGUUUCCAGAGGGGACAACUGUACCCCAACUUUCUGAACAGCAACGACUUCCAGGCGGCGACCUUCACCCUGACGAACGCGGUCCCCAUGACCCAGUCUUUCAUGGAGAGGUGGUACCGGAGCGUGGAGAGCAUCGUGGAGCGGGCUCUGACCCCCCAGUGUGGGAACGGGGACCAGCUGUAUUUGAUCGCGGGCGCCGUGCCGGCUGCUGGCCGGGUAGGGGAUGCGGUGGCCGUCCCCGAGUUCGCUUGGCUGGCCGCCUGCUGCGGCCUCCCCGGAGGUUGGUCCAUGGGUUUCACCAAGCAGGCGGGCGACGGCGACGUGGUCGAAGACGUGAUGGUGAGAGAUCUGGAGCGGCUGCUGCCCUCACGGCCCCGCCUGUACCGGAACAACUGCGGGGAGGCCGACCACGACACGGAGAAGAUGAAGAAGAUCCUGGAGAAGGUGAACCAGGUCCAGGACGAAGAGCGGAGAGGGCAGGCCUCCCCCAGCACCCAGCCUCCAUCCACCAUGAGGAGCCUGAAGUCCACACAGGAGCAGCCCAAGCCGCUCUGGGAGGAGGGGGAGGAAGAGGGCCAGGAAGAGCAGGAGGGGGGGAAGGACCCCAGCUUGUUGUGGAAGGGCGCCGGGCUUGUCGCCACCCCUUUCGCCAAGGUCUUUCAACUGCUUUAUUACCUCGUGUGGGGGAUUCUGAAGAACCUUUUCUCUUGCCUGGAGUACGUGAUCCGGCAGUUCCUCAACGCGCUCUGGGGCGGCGUGCACAGCCUGGGCUCCGCCACGCUGUCGUACUUCAUGGCCGUCGGCGAGGAGCUGGUGAGCAUCCCCUGGAAGGUGGUCCAGGUCUUAGUGAGCAUCAUCCGGGGCUUCCUGCACAUCCUCUGCUGUCUGCUGAAAAGCGUCGGCCGAAUCCUGAGCGUCCCGGCCGGAGUCCUGGUGGACAUCGCCAGUUUCCCCGUCUACACCCUGGGCGCCAUCCCGACCGUCGGCAAAGACAUCGCCCUGGGCCUGGGCGGCUCCGUCUCCUUGCUCUGGGACGCCGUGUUCGGAGUCUUCGGAGGUCUGCUCCAGGGGCUUCUGAGCAUCUGCUCACGGAUUGGCUACAAGGUUUCUCCCAACAUCUCCGGGGAAUAAAAGAGCGAAGAAAAAGCAAGGCUCAUUCGCGAAAAAAACAAAAGACACCCACAUCCCCAACAGCAGAUACUUUGCUUCCCAACGUUUUGACCGUCCGCUCUCACUUCGCAUGGUAUUUUUGGCCUUGGACUCAAAUGGAAGGGAAGGGGAAAGCCGAUACUGGUGAACGGCCUGUAAUGGUGAAACGACGCGUUGCGGGGUAGAGGCAAAUCCCCUGUAAUUUUUCAUUGUCUAUGGGUAGAAAAAGGCUGAUGUCUGUUUCGGGAGUGAGUCACCCAAGUAGAUAUUUUGUCAAUCGUUGAAAGCGAAGGAGCCAAUAGUCAUCACCACAGGGCAGCCUCAGCAUAGGACUAGCAACCUUUCCUUCCCCCUCCCACCUGACCCAACCUUACGGAUUAAACACCAAAACCCCUAAGUGUUAGUUUCUCCAUUCUGAGCUCUUUGCUUUCCAAGGAGCACUGUCUUAAGGGGGGAUUUGUUAAGGUAACAUGCUGAGAACUCACAGUUUCCUUUACUUGGGUGACAGCACCUGUUUUUCAAUGACCCUCAGAACAAGAGAUCGAUUCAAGUUGCUCUUUUACCGAAUGUUCUCAGCUGACAAGCAAGAUUUUUUCCAGUAGAGAAUUAUGAUCUAGUGCGAUAUCGUAGGACCAAAGUUUUAACCAAGGGAGUGCUUAUUUUGGCUGAGGAUUCAGAAAUGAGGGUCCGGCCAAACCCCGGCUGGGUUGGUUUUUGAUUCUGUUGCCCUUUCAGUGUAGAAGAAAGCUGGGGCUGAAUUAGAGCACUUGAAAGCCCCUAUUCAAGAUCACUGUAUUCAGCUAUCGGGGUCAUUAGUUGAGACUGUGAGUAAAUCUUAAUGACUAGUUUUCUUCAGUAUUAAUGCAAGCACUCAGAGGGGAAGAAAAAUAACUUUUUGGUGAAUCCUGAGAACAAUUUCUAGUAAAAGAACACAUGGCCAGAGUGAGGACAGAUGAUGAAUUUUCAAUUUCAGUUUACCAGUUAAAGGGAUGGUGACAGGAGAUGUGUCUCCAUUAUCUUGCUAAAAAAGAAGGGUUCCCAAAGUCACUAAUUAAAGCACAUAUCCCACAAGAGGAUGUUUUCUUAUGAGCAACUUGGAGAUGUGUUUUGCAGAUCUACUGGGCACCCUCAAGACUGUAAUCUCCUUGUGGGUCAGAAAUGUGUCUACUAAGUCUGUUACACUGCACUCUACCAAGCACUCAGUAAAGUGCUCUGAACACAGUAAGCACUCAGUAAAUACCAGUUCAGCAAAGAUCUCCAGCAAAUGGGAAGCCAAGUGGAAAGGCAGAUGUUUCCUUAUUAUCCACAAAUGGAUUAUCCAUUCUAAGGAUGAUCCACAAAUUUGUUUGUUAAAGGGAACAAAACUCCCUUCUAGCCUUCUCCUAUUUAGAGGCUCUUGCAUCUCUCUAUGGGGCUGCCACAGAGCUGUCCCCCAUCUCUCCAUCACCCCAGUGGGGCCCACCUUCCUUCUGUUGCCCAGGGGGUCCUAAACCGGUUAACUUUCUCCACGCCUCUUCUCUCCUCCAUGAGCCCAGACAAUUGGCAGUGACCCGUGUAAUCUCCCUUCCUGACCCACCGCAACUCUUAAGCAGGCACAGAAAGCCAUUCCUCUCCCCAAGGGCAUGAAUUUAAGGUUUUCUGGCAUCAUUCUGAGCAGUCUAUCUGGAUCUUUAGAUAUUCACAGAUCAGAAGGCAAUAUCUCCCUGAUCAAUCAACCACAGGUAUUUACGGAAUGUCCAUUUUGUCCAGCACACCACCGAGCGUUUGGGAUAGUACAGAAGAGUUAGAAAAUAUGGCUCUUGCCCUCAAGGAACUUCAUUCUGGGUGUCCAUCAUUUGUGGCCAUCAUUAGAGGAGGCGUUGUUCAGGAGUCAGGGAAGACCACUUUAUCUAGCCUGGGCAAAGGGGUCAGUGGUAUCCGUCAGACUGGUUGAUGAGAGUAACUUAGCAAAGAGAAGAUUGACUGGUUGUAGCAGUAGCGGUAUUAAGCGCUUAACUAUGUGCAGAGCACUGUAUUAAGCGCUGACUAGCGAUACAAGACAAUAGCAUGGGGGAAGCUGAGCCUUAACCAGUUUGCGAUUGUAGCCUUGUACAAAGAGAAAAAGAGUUUCAAGUGUGAAAGAGAGUUUUCUCUUGGUCUCUGUGCCCUCGAUCCUGCUCCAGCCAACUGGAAUAAUUUAAUUGGCAUUCUUGGAAAUCUCUUGGAAAAUCUGAUUCUUUCAUUCAUAGCCUUCACGGUGUCAUGGGGCUGGGGGACUGCUCCCCAAAAGCACUUCUCAGAUCAUACCCACCUGGAAUAGUAGGUGUUGGAUAAAUACCAUUUACUGAUUGAUUGAUUGUACCCCACAAUGCCACUUCAACCCUCCCACCCUACCAAAGCACUUCAGCUCUCCCAGCCCUGGUAGCAUUUAUGUUCAUGACUUUAAUAUUUUCAUUACUCACCCAUUCUUUUCCGUCUCUCUGCUAGACUGAAAGCUCCCUGAGGGCAGGGAUUGUGUCUUCUUUCUUAGACUCUCCCUUCGACACUCAGUAGGAGCUUGAGAAAUGCUACUGAUGCUUGAGGAGGGCAGGCGGGGAGGGAGGGGAGGUGGGAAAGAGGAGGGGGAGGAAGAGGAAACUUACCAGAAGUCAAAACAUCCACUCAGGCAGUGAAAACAGGCUCAUUCACAGGACAGAGAUUCUAAACCAUUCUCCUAGUUUCCUCUUCUUCGUUCAUUGUCAGUUACCUCUCCGACCCGUCUUUCCCUCAACCUGGGAUUUUCUUUGCACUGUUUGGUCCUGGCUUACCACAACCUUCUGGGUUAGCUGAGACAGAAAAAUAAAGCAAAAGACCAAUGGAGCCAAGUACUUUCUUCAGCUUGAAGAAAUGAGCUCUUCAAAAUGCACUGAACCCAUCUGCUGUCCUUUAUUUCCCAUCCUGUUUGCCACAAGGGAGCAGGCUCGUGGUGGGAAGGGAAUGCAUCUACCCACUCUGUUGUAUUGUACUCUCCUGGCCGUCACAGAAAGUGCUCAAUAAAUACCACUGAUCGAUUGAUUGGAGCAGAUCUCUGGGCUAAUUCGGUCCAACUUGAGGUCGCUACGGUAAAUCCCACCUCUGAGGAAGCCCACUGCUGUUCCGCUUUGUUCUCUGUAUGACUUAGGUCACUCAGCCCACUUUGGAUGACAUGGGAGCUGUUUGUUUGGUUUUCGUGGGUAUCCAGGGUGGCUGUUUGCUGCUUCUCCUUCUCCCAAGCAUCGUGUGAUUUUUUCGACUGCUCAUCUGGAGAGCCCAGCGGGUCGGGGUGUGUGGGAAGAGCAAAGAAGGAAAGUAACAGAGAUGGGACCCAAAAAGCAAUUCUCAAUGGACUCUCUCUCCUGCGGCAAUCAAAUAAAUACGACGGACCAACUGCAGGAAAUUAGCAAAGAGCUAGCAAGCUUGGCUGAAAUGCUCUGGACGGGACGGGUAUUGACGCUGCUGGCUGAGAUGAAAUUUGACUACUAGCUGAAUUUCCCUCCUCUGAGGCCUGCUGGUACUCCAUUAAUGUGGAUCACUGUCCAAAAAAAUACUGAGUUGGGGCUUUUAAUGUACUGUUUUCCCUUCAUGCACGCUUUGCACCGCUCGGUUCUUAAACUCGAAAGUAUACGAGGGAUAAACGGGAUAAGGGAGGGUAGGUAUUGCUAUCAUCUUUUAUUGGAACCUGGUCUUUGGCUCAGGCAUUUUGAAAAUGUGGGAUUUGUGAUACAAACUGGUGAUAACGAGACAUGAAGGCCUAUGGUGAUGUAGGCUGAGCCAAGGUUGACACCUUAAUUUAUUUCAUUUUGAAUUCAGGAGGUGGAUACGGGGUUUAGGGUUCAGCAGCCUCUGGGAGAAUCUGAUCCCGGCCACUAAAUUUCUUUAGCACUUAGAACAGUGCGUGGUACAUAGUAAGCGCUUAACGGAUACCAUAAUUAUUGUUCUCUGUGGCCUUGUAACAUAGUUUGACCACCUCCAAAAGGAAAAUUCCGAUGCACUGAACUGGGCAAACUUGGGGGGUAGCAGAGUUGUCGAUGGAUUUUCAGGGCAGAGGUUUUCUAAGAAUUAGAAACACCAUCACUGGGGGUGGGAGGUGGAAUUAUGGAUAGGUCAAAGGUGCUUUUCCUGCCCAUCCCUCCUCUAGAAAAGGGCAAAAAAAAAUGCAUUUUAUCCAACAGGCCAGGGGGCAAGGUAGCCCGACCCUGCUAUUGUCCCUUCUGUGAGCAGACACCAGUGCCUGUGACAAGACGGGGUUUAGCAUCUUCUAGGCACUCAAUUAAAGUUCCAUAGUAGUAGUAAUAAUGUGAGUAAUUCCUGGAAUAGAUUAGUAACCACUACAAUGCGGAGCUGGUCCUUCCACAGAUGGGUUGGCUAAUAUUCUGAGCAGGUACCUCAACCCCCAUAUGUGCAGAUUCUACAAAAGGCAACAAGAUCGGAUUGCAUUUUCAUUCAGUUUCAUCAAAAACCUUGGCCCUGAAACACACUUGUCAUUUUCACUAGACAAAAAAAUAAACCCACAGUUCAAAGGAGA